GUGAUCCAGUUGUGGGUGUAUGGCGCAGUAGGUACCGAUCGGGUGGACCUGUCAUCAGCGCGACGUUAAUACAAACGACAAGCGUUCAAUUAGCGCGAUACCCGUGUAGAGCGGUGCGCGACGCGGAGAAGAGCGGAGCGGAGCGUAAACACGCAGAAGGUUAGGGCGAGGGGAAGAUACGGAUUCCCGGGGCAAAAUGGACGCAACAGACACCACCAUGGAAAUCGACGAGCUGGAACCGAACGACUCUAAUUUUGUAUUCUCCAUACCGAGAGUUAUUCAUUCCGGCACAUUGUCGGAUCAUGCCUUUGACGCACAUUCCUCCCGGAAGAAGGUAUUUACCUUCGCCAAGCCUACAAUAGUAUCUCAGUAUAAUCACCCUCGUGCAAAUCCGCAAACUGGUAAUCGUGCGGGCGCCCAAGCUGACAGUCGCAGCAGGCACCGACCAAAAAUGCCCAGAUCUCUGUACAAACCACCGAUCAAUGUGUUUGCCAAUGCCCUGAAGGAAACGGAAGCGUUCGAACGACUGAAGAAGAACACAAGAUCGGCUGCUGGGCAGAUCAAGCUAGAGAAUACGAUAACAUGUUCCGACGUUCCUAAAGCUCUGCUGACCAAACAAGCAGCUAAGGAAUACUUUACGAAUUUCGGACGUACCGUGAAGAUAAACAUCCGGCCGAAGAGACACGUGAUCACAGUGACAUACGUGACAAAGGACGAGGCGAACACUGCGUACUAUAGCAGCGGUGAUUACAAGAACGAGACGUUUCACGUGGAAUGGGCGAAAGCGGAGUCGCUUGUGAAGUCACCGGUUAGAAAGAAGGACAAGAACUCGGUGACGAGUUUGCUCAAGACAACCGACGACGAAGAAGUUAUAUCUGAAUUAGAAGCCUUAGCGAAUCUGGGGUACAACUUGCACUCCAGCAUGGUGGCUGAGAUGUCCGACGUCGAUGUGUUAUUGCCAGCACGAACUAGAGCGGGGAAAGCGGAGAAAUUGCCGCAGGAGAAGUCGACGUCGAAGGUGGAGAAAGUUGCCGGCGCUUCUGCUGCUUCCGCUGGGAAAAUAGAGAAGCACGAGACCGAGAGUCAGAUCACCAAUCUUCUGCCCAACACACCCGUCGAGGAAUUGCAGAAUAUCAUUCAUCAGGUCGCCCUGACGGCCGAGGACAAGUACAAGGUGUUGGAAGCCCGAGACCGCCUCAUGAGGUUGAAGCGGGUCAAGCCGGCCUCGCUGGCGACCGCGAAAACUACCAACGGCACCUGCCCCGACAUGUGCCCGGAGAAAGAGCGUCUCAUGCGCGAGUCGCAGAGGCAAGUCGCGUCGUACGAGCUGCUCGAGGGUAACGAGUACAGGAUAAAUCACGCAGCUGCCAUAAAGCAGUAUUCGAGGUCGUCGGCGGAUCAGGAAGAGCCGAUGUCGCACGAGUUACGGCCGGUGAGGUCCUUGAAGAUGACCAUGAGCUACCUGCUCCAUGAGAUAGUGGAUCUUUGUGAUCAGGAGGACACGAACCUGGCGGAAUGGUAUCACUUCCUCUGGGACAGGACGAGGGGGAUCCGCAAGGACAUCACGCAGCAGGAGCUCUGCUGCGAGGACAGCGUCGAGCUGAUCGAGCAGUGCGCCAGGUUUCACAUCGUCUGCUCGGAGAGACUCUGCGCGGAGGACGCGUCCGUGUUCGACAAGAAGAUCAACUCGGAGAAUCUGACCAAGUGCCUGCAGACGUUGAAGUACAUGUACCAGGAUUUGCGAGCCAAAGGCGUCACGUGCGCGAACGAGCCCGAGUUCCGCGCCUACGUCGUUCUGCUCAACCUGAACAACGGUAACUUCCUGUACGACCUGCGGCAGCUGCCCAAGUCCGUGCAGGACUCGCCGGAGGUUCAGUUUGCCACCAAAGUGUACUUCGCGCUCGACUCGAACAACUACUACAAGUUCUUCAAGCUCGUCCGGCAGACGACCUACAUGAACGCCUGUAUCUUGCUGAGAUACUUCAACCAAGUCAGAGUGAAGGCCUUCUCGGUGAUGGUGAAGGCGUACUGCAGGACCACCUCGACCUUCGCCUUUCCAUUGUACGAACUGAUCGACAUCCUCGGCUUCGAGGAGGAGAACGAGGUCACCUGCUUCUGCGAGCAGGUGGGCCUGAACCUGUCGGACGACGGCCUGCACGUCAUGCUGAAUCGCCAGAACUUCAGCAUGCCGGGGGCGAAUAUACGACAGCGCAGACCUUACGAUCUGAUAGAGUCCAAGAGGACUGGCCUCGGCUUCAGCAUCGGCAAGUGCAUCGCCGGCGGCAAGAUGCCGGGGCAGACGUACAACAAUCACAAGCCGCACAACAGCUUCGACGCACACGGCAAUCUGAUGCCCGAAUCCAUCAACGCCGCGGAUCAAAACCCGGAUGCCGCCCAACUCGGUCCGGCCGAGUCGACGGAGAGGGACGCCGCGAAGAGGUUGCCGAAGCCGGCGCGGGACGGAGAUCAGGCGACCAGCAGUCCCGUGCACGUGAAGAAGCAGCCGACGAGCAACGAGUCGAAGCCCGCACCAGUCUCCGAGUCGGUCAGCUCGAACGUCGUUAAGGUGUCGACGACACCCGAGCCGGAUGUGUCCGCCGGCCACAAGAUCAUCCCCGAGGGCAAACCGUCGGCAAUGAUGUCGAGGCCGGUCGCCGAUAAGCAGCCGGACGAGGAAUGCGUUGUUGACGCGGCGCAUCGCCGCGAAAACGCCAGCAAGCACUCGGCUGUCUUCGGUAGCAGCAACGUUCUGAUUAACAGCGCAUUCGCCACCGACAACAACGGCGUCGUGUUCUCCAAGCAAACGGAAACGUCGCGCAAUGUCGAAAGCAACGUCGCCUCGCCGUUCGCCAUGGCGGUGAACAAAAGCAUCUUCUCCGGCACGGCGACGGGGAAUAUAUUCAUGAAGAGCGUCGCGUCUCCCUCGACGGUGGCCGCCGGUAAUCGCCUUCCUACCGGCCUCCUAGUGGUCCCCGCGACGAACAGCAAAGCGACAGCACCGGCGACGCCUGACGUCUUCCACAAGAAGAAGGUAGCCGUGCGGAAGGAGGCGAUGUCGGGGGCCGAGAAAGCGAGGGGGGAGAAGCAGGAACAUGCGAGGAGGAUGCGACAGAUCGACGAGCGGUCGGGUGAGGUCUAUGAGAGUCUGCACGCGGAGGUGACGCGGGAAUUCUGCUGCGCCAUCGCGAAGGCGGACGCUGACAGGUUGAAGAGGUGCUACGCGUCGUGCGAGAGGAUCGCCGGCGAUGUGAUAGGCGAGGUGACGCGCGAGAUGUGCGACGCGAUCCUCACGACGGAGGUCGCGAAUCAGCGCAGGCUGCAGGCGAUAUUGCUCAGGGUGAAGUGCCAGAUGAUGGCCAAGUGCUUCGACGCUUGGAGGCGGUACACCUUGAAGAGGAGGCGGCAGAGGCUGGCGCUGGAGGACACGCCGGUCUGGCUGCAGAGGCAGUCGCUGGAGGAGUGCGCGAGGAUGCUGUAUUCCAAGGAGCGGGACCUGGUGAUUCGUAACAUGCGCAAGAGACGACUCGAGCGACGGGAGGAGGAGGAGGAGGAGCAGCCGGACGGCGCGGAAAAGCUCGCACCGCUCGAGUUCAUCGUGCGCGCCGGCAUCAGGGAGAAUUCGCGUCUGCUGGACGUCAAUCCUUUGCCGUGCGUGUUCUGGAAGCUCGCGAUCUCCUGGCCGGACCUCGGCAACAAGCCAGUCCUGUGGCGCUACAAGAAGGUGAUGAACGAGUACCUGCAUCCCGGGGACUUCACGACGGAGCCCAUCGUGAAGGUCUACAUGCCGAACCCGUACGAGGCCCUGCACGUUUGCGUGAGGCACUUCGAGGGCUUCGUCAGCGAGCCGAGCCUCGUCGGCGCUGACGCGUUCCUCUUCAUCGCCGAUGCCACGGAGGACUGCGUGUCCGUUGCCAAGCGUCUGACGAAGACCGUGCUGUCGAGGCACAAGCUGAUGCCGAUACCGCUCACUUUCAUCGUCCUGGGCAACGGCCAGCUGGAGCACCAGAACGAGAGCAUCGUCGCAGAACUGGAGUCUCUACUGGAGUCCGGCUACGUGUCCGAGUACACGAUCAUGUUCGAGGGGAAUCUGACCGCGAGGGUAAUUCUCAAUUUGACGCAGAGCGCGGUGCUGUGGCUGACGAUGAACAAGUCGCCGAUGAACCCGCUCGAGAUGGACUAUCUGCACAAUGUUUACGACAUUUGUUUGUCGGAGGAGUUGUGGUUGAGGAUAUUGGGCGAUGCCAUGUUCAAUAAGCAACUGUCGAGCGCAUUGAAGGACCCUAAUUUCAUAAUUGACCUGCACAACGAGGCGGUGAAUCACCUGAUGGACAUCAUCCUGGACCCCGAGUCCACGUUGUACACCAGUUUCGCGCCCGAGUUCAAACAGUUCCUCAGAACUGAUCAUAUCAUGCCGUGCGGCUAUGAAUAUUUCAACGAGUCGUGGAAACGAGCCGAAUAUAGAGCGAAAUUAGAGGCGACGAUGAAUAGCUUCGUGUUGCCGCCAUGGAACGCGCCGUGGCCAAUAGCAGACGUGCAAGAUCUACGACGGCGCAUUAUGAAUUACUGUUCGGAGGUGCUGUCUGACGCUAAUUGUAAUAUCGUGCUCUGCGACAUCUUCAGCAACUUCUCCCUCACGUCAGAUAGUUUGCAAGUGUCCAACUUUGUGCAAGUAUUGUUACACGUGAUCAAGGAGAAGGUAAGCCUCCUGGACGAAGACCAGAUGGUCAUUUACAACAAGAAUCACAUCAAGCAUUUCCGAACGUUGCCAUGGUGGUUCAAAUCCAAUGUACUGACGGAAUUCAUGUCACGUGAAUUGAAUUCGAGCGACAGCGAUCUGUCGGACGGCGGAGCAGCGAAGAAGAGGCUGAGACACGACGGAUCGUACAAUAGUUUGAACGAGAGCGCGUUGGACGAGGAAUUUGAGCCAUUGACGAAAUUCUGCGAAAUUACUAGGAAUCAAGUUAUGGAAGUACACUUGACAUCCAGGUGUAUAGAGGAGCGUUUGCAAACACAGCGUUUGCAGAAUUCGUUGUUGGAAAAAAAAGUGAGAGAUGCCUUGCUUGAUGAAAUGGAGAUAAACGUGUAGGCGAGUGAGUUUUUCUUCAUUUUCGACCGUGUAGGGAAUUUUAAUGUUUAACCUCACGUAUGCGUGUAGCAUGCGUAUUGUGGCAAAGAUCGUAAGUCGUUAUUUUUCGUUUUACAAAUCUCGAUAGCUAUGUCUCAUCUGAGGUCUAUAAAUGAAUCAAAGAAGUGUUGUAAAAAUGCUACGGGAUUAUUUAUUGAAAUAUUUGUAAAUUAAUAUAUCUUACAAACGUAAACACAUAGUCUCUUGUUAGUUUAUUUUUUUUUCCUUUCUUUCAUAACGCAAUUGUUUUUGUUGUACAAUGUAUAAGUCAUAGCGUCACAUCAUAUAUACGGAAAAUAUAUAUAUAUAUUUUUAACAAAAGAUUUCUCCAUAAACUUUAAGGUGUAUUGUCAUUCGAUAUUGUACAUUGACAGUUGAGUUCCUAUAGAGGGAGGAGAAUUUCUCAGGAAUAAAAAAUACCGAAGAACAAUCAAUUAUAUUUUCCAAAAUCAUUAGUUCGCUAGGUAAAAAUACGGGAUUAUUUGUUAUAAUUCCACCUAUAUUCGUAUAUCUUUCUUUGAUAUUUUUUAUACAUGCAUAUGCUUAUUCUUGAUAUGACAAUUUUAUUGUACAUAACGCGUGCAAAGUACAUUUAGUCCUAAGGGUGGAUGCUCAAAGAGAGAUAUUCGAUAUAGGAUAUAAUAAGGUCAUGUGCAUCAACAAACCAAGAUUUAAACGAGAAAUUCUAUAAUACAAAGUUAUAUACAGAAUAUAAUACAAAUUCCAUAUGUAACAUGAUAUUCUGUUUUUAUAUAAUUGUUUUUUGCGUACGAUUACUUUUAUACGUAAUGAUAUCAAAUAGUGAAUGUUUUUAAAUAAGGUAUUCGUGAGAUUCUAAUACUCAAAAUUCUGCAUCUUGCUACGUAAGAUAUAUCUUUGCAUAAAAUACUUUUAUAUCUUAUAACGUUUAACUGAGAUGCGACUGAACUACGUUCAAUCUAUAUAGCUCCGUUAUAUUUGAUUUCUGUCUAAAAUUUGAAUCCCUAAGACUCAGCUAUCUCUCGGCAGUCAUGUUGGUUUACAUCAUAGGCGAGAAAUAACUUAUUUUCCAAUUUUCUUUGAAAAUUAUAUAAAAAUGAAUAAGAAUAGUGUCGUAAUAUCCUGAAACUUGCAAAAUAUGCGUCAAAUUGAGUUGUCUAAUAUGUCACGUGGAAUCGGAAAAUAUCUGAAAUAUUUGGACAGCUGUGACAGCUGAGACGUUUGCAAAAUAAUCCAAUAUUUCAAGAAUUAUUUUGCAAUUCUGCAUGACAUAUCGGGCAAAUGCUAUAGUUUGCCGCAUAUUUUACAAGGUUCAGGAUUGCGAAAUUAUUAUCGACUUUCACGGGAAAUUAAAAAAUAAAUAUUUAUGUUGCAAAAGAAAUAUAUGUUAUUCCUCGCUUAUAACGUCAGAAAACUAGUCCGAACUGCCCGGGAUAGGCAAAGCCUUGAAAAAUAAAUAUUUCACAAGCCUCUUACAGCGCUUAAAGAUAAAAACGUGAAAUUAGAAUUAUUCUACAAGAUAGCUUAACGGCUGUGUUAGAUAAAGAUAUAUUACAACAUCGAUGUUAACGCUUGAACUGCUUCUUGAAAAAGCAAUGAAGUUUAUAAGAAAAAAAAUACAAAUAAUAAUAAUGAUAAAAUAACUAAGAUCAAACUCUCUUCGUGAAAACAUACCGUACUAUCAGUAUAUAACGCACAUAUGUAUAGUUUCAUACAUAACAUUGUAAUACCCAAAAUGUUACUGAAGUUUAUGAAUUAUAAUAUUACUAAAUUACGUUUAUACACAUAUAAAUAAUAAGUAAGAGUGUCUGUGAAAAUAUUUAUU